AUGCCUAUUUUUGAAGCACCCCGGCGCCUCACUUUCAGGGCGAUUGGCUCGUUUCGCGAGCUGAAAGACUCGUACCCCGGACUGGGACUCGGUGACAGAGAUGGCCUUGGCUUUGGUAGCCGGGCUGAUUCUGGAGGAUGGAUAGUCAAAAUGACGCUCAAAACUCCUUCGCCGAUCGACUAUGAAGCCUCAACAACCGUUGAACAUCGCAGUGCUGCACGUGCAUUGCUCGUGAGGGCACGUACAAGCGAUGCAGGCUACCGCCCGCCAGAUCAACAAAAGAGACAUCUCUUGCGCGUACCGAGCCGAAGAAACUUGAAGCUGAAUGAAGAAAGAUGGACUUUUACAAAACAUGAGGUUGGAAAGGCUUUGAAUGAGCUUCUCUCGGCGGCUCCAUUGCCCGAUGUGCAGGUAGCGCAUGUAGUGCUUGCUUCUGUGCACAUUGACUCGCUGGAUGAGCUGUGGGAGCACUUCAAAGACAGCAAGUUACAAAAGAGGCAAUCCAGCAUCUUUCGUCGCUCAACUUCUUCAAACAAUGGAUUGUCUAAUUGGUUGAGCAUUGUCACGGGCCAGGAAAACAUACCGUACAUCCAUCUCCUGUGCCAGUAUGGCGCAGGGCCGAAUCUGUUGAAUCAAGCCUUUGUGAUUGCGCUCGCCAGACACGACAUUCCCUCAAUGAAGCUUCUUCUAAGCUUUGGAGCGUGCAUCUUACCCAUAUGCAAAGAUUAUGUGCGACUAUCUGUUACCAAGAACGACGUCGAUGUUAUAGGGCUUUUGCUUUCGGCUCCAAAGGGUAUGAAUGUCGAGGACUGGCAAUACUCCCUGGAAGCAAACAUUGAAGGGGCUCCCCGCGGGAUAUGCGAGACAAGAAUUCUGCUUCAAUGCAUUCAUCACCGACCAGAUAUCGCAACCGGGGAAUAUCUUCUCAAAGCCAUCGAUGCGAACAAUGUUGCCGCUGUCGCUGUUCUUCUUUCCUACCUGACUAUUCGAACCUCCAUGAUGCCUCCCAUGUUUUCCGUUCAGAAAUUCAGUGCUGCAUCUUUCUUAAGCACUACAGGAAAAGGAGUCGAGCAUGAUAAUAUUGCCGUACAAGCAUGCGAGCGCAUCUCGGGAAACCCCGAUUACGAGACAAGAUAUACGCUCUAUUGCCUCCUUGAUGAAACAAAUAUUCUAAGAGACGUGCCGGCCCUUCGGCAAGAGAUGUCUUAUAGCGUCAUGGCCAAAAGGACCUCCAUGAUCAACCUCCUGAUCAAAGCCGGAGUGCGUCCAUCCAUCGAGGAGGCUGUGUCUAUGAUGGACUUUUCCAUUCUCGGAAUAAUGCUUGCCGCCAUCAGAGGAAGAGACGACGUUCCAAACCUACUGUCACUUGUCCGGUGUGACACUUCAGAGGACGACAUGCUUCGUUUUCUGAGUAUGUUGGCUGCAAACGACUUACGAUUUGGAGGACAACCACUGAAUCAAAGGUUCAUCGAAGCCAUUUCCAAAAGGCAUCAUCGUGCUGUUGAUGUACUCCAGAUAAUGGGUGCAACCAUCACGUACAAGUCCAUCCAAAUGGCUCUCAGCUCUGCUGAUGUCGAGAUGCUGAGGAUCCUACUGCAAGGGAAUAUCAGUGACGACGAGCUUUCUCCUGCUUUAUCAGACGCAAUGAAGAUCACGGAUCCAGCAAUUCGACGCAUAGCUGUCAAAAUGCUCGCUGAUAAAGGCAUAUGGAAAGAAGCUCUCCUUGAACAACUGUGUCUUAUCAUUCAAUCUCCCGACCCCGAUCUGGAGCUCCUCAAGGUUAUACUCCGAUAUCAGUUACCACUGCCUGGAAAAGAGGGCAGAUUAAAUAUUUUUCACCUCGCAAUUCGCAAAGCAUCUCUCCCAGUUAUAGAGAUUGUCUGUAAAUCCUUUCCACACGCGGCACUAAUAUCAGAAGCUCUGCCUAAGGCUUUUUCGCGCAUCGCAGAGAAUGGUGGCAAUCUCACAUAUGAUAUCAUACAUUUCCUUCUCAACAAUGGCGCGAGAGGAAUAGGUCUUGACAAGACACUCCUGGUAGCCGCUGGGUCCAAGAGCCCUCGUGCAUUGGAUAUCAUCCGUGUGUUGGGUAAUGCUUACGCAGCUGCAUUGUAUGACUACACCAGGCUCGAGAUUCUAUGCAAAGCUUGUCCGGUGACGAAAGCUGCUGUUCAGGUACUUCUUCCCUCACUGCUUGAGACGAGUAGUGUCGAUACACAUACAUUGGAGCUAGUGCUUCAAUCAACAGCAUCAAAUGGAUCAGGGAUAGACUUUACAGAGGUCCCAAACUUACUGGAAGAUCAUCCAAACAUGGCUGCUAUUAUUACUUGUCUCAUGAAGCAUGGCCUCGAUAUAAACCUUCAGCAGGGCAUGAUGAUACGGUUUGCCACUUUGCUGUCCGCUAAUACAACUACCACUUCUCUCAAGACUGGCUUCACAGCGACAAAGAAGGCAAAGCUUCGAGAAACAAGGCUCGAAAUGAUGAGACUCCUCCUCGAUAAGGCUGGUAACGCGGAAAUUGGUCAGUCUGAAGUACUAUACGACGAAACACUGGAGGCUCUAUCGAAGUCAGGAGAUGACAGAGGCUUCAAGAUCCUUCUUGCCCACAAGCCACUUGUUAGCACUAAAUCUCUUGGUAUUGCUGCUGCAUUCUCUUCGAGAUCCACGACAAUUUUGGAGAUGCUGCUUUCACUUCAACCAAGCGGGGAAUCGCCCAAGCUAAAUCACGAUCAGAAGGAAUCUGUCCUAGGGCUGUUACUAGACGCCAAGCCAGGGCUCAAAAAGAACGAAACUUCCAGCCUACUGCUUCCGUUGAUGCUCAUUAAACGUGGUGUAGAAGUCACGGCGGCUCACCUCGAGGCGACUCUCACCACAAGCAGCAAAGAAUUAUUCACACUACUAGUUCGCGAAGUAGAUCCAACCAGCGCUGUAAAUGCGUGCUUUACUCAAGCAGUAUCCUCAGCCAUGGCGGUCGAGAGGCGUCUAGUUUCAACGACUGCUGCCUCGGCAGCACUCAUCAUAUCACUUAACGAGGGGACUCCUGACGUGGGGCUAGUAAAGCUGUUGCUCAAACAUGGUGCUGAUGUGAGAUUGAAGGAAUUCCUCCCUCUAAAAUUGGCUUUCAAACUCAAAUCAGCUGAGAUAACCGAUCUGCUCAUCCAAUCUAUCAGGGACGAUAAUACCGCUGCUGCAGCGUUCGACUUGGUACGAACCUCCUCGGCGCUGAAGCCAGCGUUCAGAGUCAAGCUCACCCUAGCACUCAUCGACACGUUGAAGAAUGCCCCGGACAUGGAUACCAUGAAACUGCUCCUUGAGCGAGGAGCUAGCCCGGGUGCAAACGGCGCCAAGUCCGCUCUCAGAGCCAUGUGUCCAUAUGCGAAUGUUGACGCCGAAAAGGAGGUCCUCACGUGGCUGAAGUCUUGCAUGUCUGCAUUACGCAAAGCUCAUCUCAAAGACUCGAAUCUCCUGUACAAGGCUAUGGCCAAGUUCCCUGACGGAGGGACUUUGGUAGAAAAGUUGCUGCACUACGGGUGGAAACGUGAGCCGCUUACACCUUUGCUUUGGGGACUCAUGUCGGACUUGAAGAUAUCAAACAGAACCCUACUAGCUCUGGUCGCCAAGGGAGAUGAUGCAAAUUUGUUGUACUCGACACCCAGUUCCCAGGUAUCAGCGGCUUUCGCCUGUAUGCUCGACCCCAAACGCAACCCCGUUCUUGAAUCUCUCCUCAAAUUACACGGCAAAGACAUAAGAAUGUGUGUUAUUCCAGGACGUUCAUUCUCAUAUCUAAGCCAGAAGCCCAAAACACCCGAUCCCACCAAAUUCAUGACUCAAAACCUGCCUUUAAGCGAUGCGGCCCUUUAUCUAGGCAACCUAAAAGCCUACAUUUCUCUCGGUGGCGGUAAAGAUGUAAAUAAUGGGUCACUACACACAGCUGCUUUGCUCGCGCUACCAGAAUUUGUCCGGUGGCUUCUACAAUGGCACAGCGCAGAUCUCGAACACGAGGCUUUUGGAAUGAUGAUUCCUCUCGUAGUGGCGUGUCGCUCUGAGGCACGGCCGUGGUGUAGGGUUGCCAACGCUGAGGGUUCUUUUGAGAAGCGAAGGGUAAAGACAAUGCAGCUGCUUGCCAGAAAAACGGAUCUGUCUUGGCGCAAUCGAAGAAAGACAGUGUUGCAUUUCGCCAUAGAUGAAGGACCAGAUGCGCUGCAAGCUAUGCUGGAGGCUCUUGAUGUGGCGCAUGAUGCGCGACGGAAUGAGCGGUAUCUAUAUACGGACCGGGAAGGCAUCGUAUACUCCCUCAGCUACUACAUCAGCAAUCUCUGGGACCCCGAUAACAGGGAUACAAAGACCCCGAAAAUGAUCAAAUUGCUGCGCGGCACUGAACUUGAGAGUAAAGAAGUAGAUCUUGCUACUAUUCAUUCUACUAUGAAAGGCUCAGAGACAACCAGAGAAAAGACUCAAGAAACCCCUCGUGGCUUAUCCAACCAGUCUUCGCUUUUUGACGCCUCGUCUAUAUCUACAGUGGCCACUCCCAGCACACAACAGAGUCAGUCCUUUAUUUACUGCGCAAAUCCUGAAUUUGAAGAAAAGGACUUGAAACAUUUGUAUCUCGUUCUAGAUGAACACUCGCAGGUAGGAAAGGCUGUUCCGUCGAGCGAUAUAUGUCACUACAUAGAACUUAGUACCGACCUGGCUCCUCGUAAGAGCAUUUAUAUCCGGCAGGCCUCACAAGAUUGA